AUGGUCCGCCACAAAAAGGAUUUCGCCUCCAAGGGUAGAAAGGGAGGCCCAACCCCGCGACGAGGACCCCGCCGUGAUGAUGAUGGCGAUGGUUCCUCGCGCCCAGCUUUCAAAGCCGCAUGCUGGGAUCUCGGUCAUUGCGAUCCUAAGCGCUGCUCCGGAAAGAAACUCAUGAAGCUUGGAAUGAUGCGCGACCUGCAUCUCGGCCAACGCCAUAACGGAGUCAUCAUCACACCCAACGGCAAACAUACCGUCUCCCCCGCCGAUCGCGAGCUCAUGGACCAGUUCGGCGCUGCUGUUGUAGAAUGUUCUUGGGCGAGGACGCAGGAGGUUCAGUGGAACAAAGUCGGUGGGAAGUGUGAGCGGUUGUUGCCGUACCUCGUCGCUGCGAAUACGGUCAACUAUGGCAAGCCCUGGCGCCUGAACUGUGUUGAAGCGCUGGCUGCAGCUUUCUACAUCUGUGGUCACUCAGAUUGGGCGGAGCAGAUUCUUGCCCCAUUUUCAUACGGACCAUCUUUCCUCGAGAUCAACCACAGCUUACUCAAGCGAUAUGCUGCGUGUGCUGAUGAGGCCGAGAUCAAAAAGACUGAAGAAGAGUGGAUGGAGCAACUGGAGAAGGAAUACGCCGAGAGUCGAGAGGAAGGAAACGACGAUAUGUGGACUAGCGGAAAUACCAAUCGAAGACGUAUUCAAUCUUCUGACGACGAGGACGAGGACGAGGACGACGAAGAGGAUGACAGUGAUCAAGAGGAAGAGGGAAGCGUGGACGGUAUAUAUCUUGGCAAGAAGCCCCCUAAAGCUCAGCCAGAAGAAGAAGAGGAGGAGGAAAAGGAUCGCUUUGCAAUAUCUGACGACUCAGAUGACGAGGACACAAUGGCCGAGAUUCGUCGCAAAGUUCUCGCCUCAAAGACCUUCACUAACCCCAACCAACAAGACGACAAGAAGCCUGCCACCAUUCCCAACCCACAUCAGCACCAGCAGCAGUUCAAGCCUAAUACUAGUGUUCAGCCUGACUCAGACAACGAGAGGAGCGGAAGCGAGGAUGACGACGACGACGAUGAAUUUGAUAACAUCAUUGAGGCUACGCCUGUGACUGAUCGUAUUGGUUUGGCCAAGUUGGAAAAGGAGCGUAAUCAGGCUACUAUUACGACGAGGACGUUCUCAUCCAACGCUGUGGGGGCGCCAUCUCGAAGUUGA